AUGGACGAAUCGGGAAGUCCACUGGAGGGCCACUACCGCGUUCCGAGUGGCACAUUUGAAAUGGAAGCAAAAAAGGCAAGGAACGAAUGCGAUCACCUGGAGAACGUCACUGUGUUCUCUUUGCUGAGCAGCUUCUUCCUACAUGUCUACUCGGCAAACGUUGGGAGGAUGAAUGCUUCCACAGUGCUGCUUGGAGAGGCCAUCUUCAAAGCGCACAUCAUAGGAUUGCAUAAGGCGAACCACUACGAACACAUGACGGCCGAGCAAACGCAAUAUGCUUUGAGAGUAUACUGGCUCCUCUUCAUCACAGAGCGAGCACAUUCUCUGCAACACGACGUGCCGACAACACUCAAGCGCGCCCCUAAUCUCCCUCGAUUGGAGGACCUGCACGAUGGAUCGGUUACACCUGCCUUUGUUCAACUUUGCCGGUUGUUCAACAUUUUGGAUGUCACUAUAACCGCCGAACCAGCAGCUGCGCGCCAUGCCCUCGCAUUAGCUCAGCAACAGCUUAGCAGUGAUGAGGACCCCCGCAGCCUCGAAAACGAGCUCCAGCGCGCAGACAUCACAAUGACGCAGCAAUGGAUGCGCAUCUUCUUGUGGCAGCACGCACUCAAUGUAACGAAUCUGAGCAGUCGCGCCAGCCAGGAUGAGGAGUUCUCAUUUCGCUUUCCCGCCAAAGUCGCUCAAAACGUCCUCAGCAAUCUGAGUAGCCUCUCCCGCCAGAGCAUUGAGGCGCAUGGGCCCGGCAUGGAGUCAAAACUUUUCGACGUUGCCAACUCGCUUGCAGACGUCAUGAUGAUUAUGCCUUCUCUCAACCACGAAUCUCACUUCGACGUUGGGCCUAGAGAUCUGAUCCACUCACUAGCGCAAGUCCUGGCCUCCUUUCGUGGUGGCAACCCUGCUGUCAUUAGCAUACUGCAAGAGAAGCUCACUAUGCUUGGACUCUCCGCUGGGUCGCCGCAGAAGUUGCUUGAGCUUUCCUCGCCGGAAGAGGAGCACGACGAGUGGCACGACCGCUCCAUGUCUGCUCCCUCUACCUACCCGUCGUUAAGUCCGGACGUUUCAAUGUCGCCCUCACUCCAGUCGAGUAUGAGUAUGGACGGGACGUAUUGA